AUGCCUUUCCACACCACCACCCCCCUCCUCCUGCUCGCCUCGCUCCUCAGCGUCGCCCUGGCCUUCCGCCGGACCUGCCGGCCCGACACGGCGGGCGCCCUCGGCGGCACCGGCUUCUACACCAUGACCAACAGCGACACGUGGAGCAACGUCGCGGCGGACUUCUGCACCACCGUGCCCGAGCUGCAGGCCAUGAACCCGGACGCCCCCAUCACGACGAAGAACGUCAUCCGCGUCCCCUGCCGGACGCGGCAGCGCGACUGCGCCCGCAUCCCCGACACGGACUUCGGCUACUACACCGUCGUCGCCGGCGAGAUCCUGACGCUGAUCGCGGCGGACUUCUGCUCCACGCCCGAUCGCUUGUCGCGCAUGAACACCGACUUUGUGGACUAUGACAUCAAGCCGGGCAUGGUCCUGAAGGUUCCUUGCGAUUGGAACUAG